UAGCCAGUCAUAUGAUGAAAGAUAAACUUGAUCCUCGAAAGAUGAAGGCAGCACGCACAUAAAUUCCUCUAAGUCAGUGCCGGCAUCAUCACAAGGGAAGCGAUGGCAACUCUAUCUGUCGAGGUCUUUUUUAGGGUGAUUUUUUCCCUCCUCCUCAUAUCAUGUAUACAGCAUGGCUCGGCGUUAGACGCACCACUCAAAAAGUAUUUUUUCAGUGACAAAACGCCGUAUCAUUCUGGCAGCAAACCCAUCGAAAGGCCUCCAAACUGCGAACCAGCACACAUCAACAUGGUAAUUCGUCAUGGCUCGAGAUACCCUGGUAGCUCUCGAAUCAAAAAUGCGAAAAGACUACUUGAAAAUAUAAAUCGAUUUUUCCCUAAUAAUUCUACCUUUCACUACAAAGGCCUGUCACUUCCUUGGAGUUUCCCGCCCGAUGUCCUAAACUCAGCCAGCAAAGAGAUGUCCGAACUUGGGACAGAAGAGAUGUAUUCUAUAGCAAAACGUUUCCUUUCUAAGUUCCGCGGUAUCUUAAAACACAGUUACUCGAAUACUAACUACAGCUUUAUCGCCACCGACAAAUUGCGAUCAAGUCAGAGUGCGAUAGCUUUCGCUCAAGGCCUUUUCGAGGGAAAAGGGCACUUGGGCAGCGUAAAAUUUAGUCCGGUAGCGGUGAAGUUUUCAGGUUCUUACAACCAUGACACUGUUCUGCGAAUUUUUGAAGCUUGUCCUAGAUGGCAGAAGAUUACAGCGAGUAAAAGAUCUCAGUCGGAACACCGGAAAUUUAUGAAUGGUCCAGAAAUGCGAAAAGUUGUGCGUAAAAUCACCAGAAGGUUGCGACUUAGUGGAAAGUAUUCUCUUCGUCCUGAAGAUGUCGUAGAAAUAUUUUUGAUGUGCGCAUUUGGGGUUCAGACCGACAGCGCUGAUAGCAGUUGGUGCUCAGUGUUUAAGGACGAAGAAUUUAAAGUUUUGGAGUACCUGAACGACUUGAAACUUUACUGGGACCGAAGCUACGGGCGUAAGAUUAACUACAAAAUGGCUUGUCCACUCUUUGCGGAGAUUACGGAUAGCUUCGAAAGAUUUCUCAAGAAAGGGAAACCUCACGGUAUUUUCCGAUUUGCACAUACGGGAACUGUGAUCCCUCUUCUCACCAUGCUUGGACUCUACAAUGACUCAGUACCACCCCGAGCGGAUAAUUUUAACGAACAAGCCAACCGAGCAUUUCGCAUUUCAGAUGUAGUACCCAUGUCGGCAAACGUUGCCUUUGUAUUUUAUAAUUGUAAGCACGACGGUGCGAAAAGAGAUACGGACGAAAAGAGUGAUUGCGUUGGCCAAUGUCAACAGUCCUCAAGCAAUGACAAGAAUGGAUUCGGAGGGACAUUUCAGGAAUCUCAUAUAAAGAUACAGCUUCUAGUGAACGAAGCGGCCGUCGCAAUGCCGGCCUGUGAAGGAAAAAUGUAUUGCAGUCUUGCACAGUUUCUAUCGUUUUAUUCGCAUAUCAAGGAUAACUGUGACAUCAACACAGUUUGUAACAUACACAGGAAGUGCAAAGCUUAUAAGGAAAGUCGACCUACAGAUUAACUUUAUUUCUAAGGCCUGUAAAUAAAUGAUGGUUGGCCUGAAAUCUGUUGGUAGCGCAUCUUAAUGUUUCCACAAUUUGCCUGAUACAGGAUCAUAGUCUCCGUGGCAUAAUCCAGGUGUUGCUUAUCUUUGAACGACCGGACGAAAGCGAAACAUAAUUGGGAGUCGAGGCGAAUCUUCUUCUUCCUUAUUCCUUUCCAGGUUUAAUUUUGUUAGCCGACAGCGCAAGAUUCACGGGAACUUUUGCACGCUUGGAAUUUCUUGUGGUCAGUUUAAAAUGAGAACAGCAAUUUUGAAAGUAACUCUUACGUCAAAGUUAUCCUUUGAACAUUAAACAGCGGUCCAAACUUUCAUAAACUUCCUUUCACUGAGUCGAUCAGACGAAGGUCAAAAGCGAUUCUAGGCCCUAACGUCGAAUAAAUAAUGUCUCCAAACCGGAACUGUCACGUUUAUAAUCAAAUGAAAACAAAACUGAUCCCAAAUUGCACAAAAUUGUUUUUCUGUUUCCGAGAAUAUAUAAUAAAUGGGUUUAACCCACUCUCUCGUCUUUGCCUUUCCAUAAGACAGAUCCUUGUCACGCGCUCUAACACAUGUUUGAGGUCACAGCACACAUCUAGGGAGGAAGAGUCUGUAUUUUAGGGGCCCGAUAAUUUGGAACUCAAUUAACAGAACUUCUAGAUGCAUAGAAAAAGUUCAGGAAUUUAAAAUAGCACUGAAACGUAACAAAAACCAGUAGCGGAAAGUUACCUUCAUUCGCGGAACUGUUACAAAUUCAAACAAGGACUUAGACAACUUUAGAAUUUUAACUGUGUACAGUAUUAUUUUGUAUAUGUAUUUUAAUUAAUAGCAGGUCCACAUCAGCUGUUUAGCUGCCCCCACUGACCUGCUCUAACAAAUAAAGACUUACACCUUUCA